CAGAUGUGGAUGCUACUUCUUCUGUUGGGUGGAACUUUGGUUCUUUUUUUCUCAAAUGCUAAUGCAUCAGUCGGGAUCGAGUUGAUGGAUACUUCAGGUGGUUUCUGUGAAAGCGAAAGAUUUGGUAGAAUUCCUCUGAAUGAAACCAAAUUUGACGACGAAAAUUGUCUGAAAAUCAUGUGCAAAAAUAACAAGCUUGUUAGAUUUGGCUGUGGAAAAGUGUUUAUUGAAAGUAAUCGGAGCUGUGAGGCGAAUCCGAAAAAAGGACAGUAUCCAGAGUGUUGUGAUAUAGUUCUUUCAUGCAAUUAGUAAGGAUUCUGGAAAAAAACUUAUUCUAAAAUAUUCAUUCGAAAUUGGGAAAUGGAUGAGCUUCUUCCGAUACUGGCGCACCAUGC